GUCUAUGUAUAGGUUUAAUCUAACAAGAGACAUUUUAUUAAGAUACAUGUUCGGUGUGAACCGACGUCCGUAUUAUCGUGGACUGGUACCGAAAUAUCAGUAUACCUAAACAAAUGUACACCUAGAGGUGGACCGGAGAUGAUGUUAAAAAGUCACAGAAGAUGGCACUACUGAGUCAGUAAGCUAUCAAGAUGCGAGAAGAAGAGUUUUCACACUGGCUAUGUUAUUUAUUUGAAGCAUGGCUCUUGUUCCUUAUGAAGAAAACCCCCUUCCUGCAUUUUCCAAACUCCAUAACUCCUCAGCACAAUUCCGUUUUGCUAACCAGGAGCUCCGUCUGGCUCAGGACUGGAAGAGGCUGGGGGUGGCUGCAGUAGUCUGGGAUGCGGCGGUUGUUAUGUGUAUGUAUCUGGAGCUGGGAGCCGUGGAGCUAAAGGGGAAGAAGGUCGUUGAACUGGGAGCUGGGACUGGACUGGUGGGGAUUGUGGCAGCUCUGCUGGGUGCUCAUGUGACCAUCACAGACAGAGAGCCUGCCCUGGAGUUCCUGUCUGCCAACGUUGCGGCCAACCUCCCGCCACCGGCCGGUGACUUGGUGGUGGUCUCGGAGCUGACCUGGGGUCAGGGCCUGGAGCGCUUCCCAGAAGGGGGAUUUGACGUGGUUCUGGGAGCGGACAUCGUUUACCUGGAGGAUACCUUUCCGUCCCUGCUGCAGACCCUGGAGCAUUUAUGCUCGGACAGCACCGUCGUUUUGCUGGCCUGCAAGAUCCGCUACGAACGGGACGCGCGCUUCCUGAGCAUGCUGAGGCGCAGCUUCGCCGUGGAGCAGGUCCACUACGACAAAGACAGGGACAUCCGUCUGUACGAGGCGUCCAGACUCCCUAGAAGAAGGGAUUUAUGAUAAGUCGGAUGUAUGUUUUACAAAGCAAUCCGGGAAGGUUAAAGAGAAUAAAAAAUAAAAAAAAAGGAGCAAGAACACGUUUAUUUUCAGCUGCCAAAACUCUCAUUUAUAUGGCUCUAACAUAAAUGCACUGUUAUACAUGUUAAUGUUGACAUUUAGAAAAUGUGAAUAAAAAAAAAAUUAAAAAGCAGCAUUAAAAAAAAAGCAUACCAAUUUAUGACCAUACAUAAGAGUACAAUAUGGCAUUCUGUUUCAUGAAAAUAACAGCUUU